UGGUCAUCUGGCAUCACUGUUUAUAUGCUACACGUGCAUUGAUGUGAUUUUAAUUUACUCUGAAAGUGACUGCGAAAAACGGCUUAAAUAGCUGAAAUUGGGCUAUAUUCCCACCCAUAGACAGUGCCAAAGCACUGACGGUUUUUAGAGUCCACGUCCCCCCGAAAUACCAUGAUCUUUGACGAUCGCCUGGAGCUGCAGUUCCUGGCUGGCGGCAACAUCGUGGAACAUGCGCCCGUCUUCUCCCCCGAUGGAAGGUUCAUGUUCGUCCGCUGCCUGUCGAAGGUGCAGGUGUAUGCCACUAUCACUGGAGAGCUCACCAGAGUGCUGGACGAUGCCAAGGCGCCUCUGAUAAGUUUGGAGCUGGAUUUAAAGCAGCCGGAACUCCUGAUAGGUUGUACGAGUACUGGGGAUCUGCUGCGCUGGAACUGGGCGGCUGGUGUACUGAAGCAUUCUGCUUCUCUGAAGUUGUGUUCCGAGGGAAACACCACAGUGUUGACAUGCGACCUCUUGAACCUUUACAAGGGCGGCGAGACCGCCUGCGCCUUCGUGACAUCCAAGAAGAAGAGCGGGUCUUCUGUGGACUAUUCUGUGGUCAACACCACCACUGGGGAAACAGUGCCCAUAAACUGCGGCCUGAAGUUGAAAAUACGCACACCUCUUGUGGAUGUGGGCAAGGGCCAGUUCAAAUACAUCAUCCUGGCUCAGGGAAUGUACGUCUAUUUCGUAAACUAUGUGUCCUGGAACUUCAUCCGAUUCAAGAGCGCGAACCAGAACUUGAUCACUUGUGUGAGGAUGAGUUCCUCCGAGAAGGUGGCCGCCACUGGCGACGCUUCCGGCCAAAUCUUUGUGUGGCGUGAUUUUGAUAACCACAAGACCAUGACCAACAGGCUGUACCACUGGCACCACAACGAGGUGACCAGCCUGGCGUUCUCGCGCUCCGGCGUAAGCCUCUACAGCGGCGGGCAAGAGUGUGUGCUGGUCAAGUGGACAUUGGCUACGCCCGAGAAACGUAAGUAUGUGCCCCGGAUGGCCAGUGCGAUACGGCAUAUUGUGGUCAGCAAUGACGGUGAGAAUGUCCUGGUUUGCACGGAGGAUAAUGCCAUUCAGCUGCUGAGCGGCAGCAGUCAUACGAUCAACUCCACUGUUCAGCACUUUACGUACGAGACGCAGGAUAAGACGGGAAGGAGCAAGUUUCCCUUGGGCUUGUGCCUCAAUCCCAGGACGAAUUCCCUGGUGCUGAAUGGUAGGACGGGUCACUUGCAGUUCUAUUCGGCUUACACAAAGAGUAUGCUGUACAAUCUUCGUGUGGUGGACAGUAACAUUCUGAAUCAGGAGACUAGUCGUAUUAUCUACAAUUCCAGGAUAACUAAGGCCGCAUUUAAUAUCGAUUGGAUGGCCACUGGUGAGGAAUACAAUGACCUGGAGAACUUCCCGGAAGUACGCCUCAAGUUCUGGCAGUUCAACGAGAAGUUACAAAGCUAUAUCCUAAACACAGAAGUAGACCUACCUCACGAGCAUGGCUUCCAGUCCAUCAUCUUCUCCAAUCAGUUCCAAGUAAACAACUUGCGCUGCGCCACCGCCGGCAAGGAUAAUGUCGUUAAAGUCUGGGGCUUGACAGAAUCGGAGAACAUUUACAAGCGCGGCAAUAUGUGGAGCUGCCUGGCACAGACGAGUUACAGAAACCUGCCCGUUGGUUCGCUCUCUUUCUCGCAGGAUGGUUCCCUACUGGCCGUGGGCUAUGGAAACAUUUUGGCUCUGUACGACGCCAGGAAUCCCCAUCUUCCCCUGAAGACCCUCAGUUGUCCGCCCGGCUUAGAUGGUGUGGUAUCCAAAGCCCAGCUACGAUUGGCCCAGAAUCCAUUGAACGGAGCGAGGAAAGAAUUCGCCCAGAGGAGGCAACAGUUGUCGGCGCUGCUGAACAGCAUCCUGAAUAGCAACGAUGAGAAACUGGUGCAGCAGGCCAAGGAACUAAUAGCUGGUCUCCCGGCGAAAGGCAAGCUUCUCAAUCAACCGGACGAUGCCCAAAAGGAGUCUGUGUUCAACUACAUCAUGAAAAUGUCCGAACUCGGCCUGCAUCAGAAGUUGCAGCUUCUGCGUCGCUUUGGGAUACAAUGCUCGGUGCCCGCGGUUCACCAGCAGCGGCUAAUGGAGCACCUUCAACAGAGAGCGGUGUCUUCGCAGGCAGCUAAGACGAAAAUCCGUCAGCUGGACGACCGACUACAUCGCCUCCACACGCGGCAUCGUUUCAAAGCCAAGCAGCGGCUGGACGAGCUGGCCAAGAGGCGGCAGAGCUUCGAGAACCUGGUGCCCCAGGAGGUGAUGGCCCUGUUUAGCGUCUUGAAGCUGGACGAAAGCAGCCAACCCAAACAGAAGAACCCCAGCAAAAAGGUCAAGUUGGAUGAGAAGAGCCAAUCCCAGACGAAUGUAAAGAAGAUACCCGCGAGGUCAGCUCCUCUUCAGAAAUCAGCUCAGAUAUCGAGUGUGCAAUUCGGGGCAGGAAAUCAGGCACAUCUGGUGGCAGUCUGCACCGAGUCCCGGGUGCUCAUCUGGAACCUGUUAACACUGCGACUCCAGGCGGGUCUGAAACUGUCCGUGCGACAGCUGGCCUUUGAUCCGCUGACCAAUCUAAUGGCUGUCAUCACGAGAAAUGAUGAAUUGCAUGUUUUCCAACCGAAUGUACCACUGCCUCUGUACCAGCGCAGCAAUCUGCCCAAGACCUAUGGCCUGGCCUGGUUGCCCAGGAGACAGCCCAAGCAGACCUCCAUCAACGUGGACUGGCAGGCGCAGUCGACGCUGCUGAUGCUCACCCACUCCCAGGAGAUAGCCUACCUGGCGCCGCAUGGACACAGUCCCUCGGAUGAUGCCCCAGCCCCGAUCAGCUUCGCCAAGCCUGCCGACACCGAGAAUCUGCUGAGGCAUGCGACAUUCGGGAUACACGUGACCAAACGACAGCAAGAAGACUCUCCGGAGAAGAGGAGUGGUCCUCUGAUCAUUGGCCGUGGAGAACACAGUGCAGUUAAUGCGUUUGUCAAUCUGUCCGCCCACACGAUGCCAUCCAUGAGCCUGAUUUGCGGCGAAUUCGUCAAAUCUCUGCUCACCCCGGCGGACACAACCUCGAGACACUCUUCGCAGCCCGGAGGCAAUCUCGGAGUCACUAACGGGGAUUCCAAUGGCAUCAAUGGCAAUGGUUUGUCGCACACCGAUAGCGAUGAUGAGGAGGAGGAGGUCGUAGACGAGGAAGAACUAGAGGAGGGUGAGGUGAGGAGGCCCAAAGUGGGAGCCACCCGAAAAUCCUUGCUGGAACAGAACGAGAAGCUGGAAGAUCAGCUAUCCGGCUUGGAUGUAGACCAACAGGCAUUGGACAAUCGAUUGAAGAUCAUUGGGGCUCUGAGAACCAAACUAAAGUUAUGAAUAUAAUCAAAGUUAGUAGUUGUUUUUCUGUAGAAAAGAAAAGUUUAAAAUUCUUCUAUUUUUUAU